GAUGGUGGCCAGGUAAUCAGUCUCCCUCAGCAUAGACAUGCUUUACAUAUAUCCUUAAUGCAAAUUAGGCUUGAAAGAGAGAAUACCGUAUCCAACCCAGCUGACUGGGAGAAAGGUUGAUGCGCGUCCAUGGUAUACCUUUGGAUAGCUUUUGGAUAUGGAAAGUCCAGUAAAUGCAGUCUGCCAGUUAGUGAUCUGUCACGUUCCACUUUCCGCAACUCAUCGGUCUAAAGGCUGGAAGAAGCGCCAGUGGGCUAGGUUAGCAUCCACCGAGCCGGCUCGCUCCGCCGACCAUCAGGUCCCGCGCGGUCGCGGCACAGCAGUAAAUGCGCUUCUUUUGUCGUCAUCACGCCUCGCAUGAUCAUAGAGCACGAAGAAGUGAGCAAACAGUUGCAUCAAAAAGGCCAAAUGGUAAGUUCCCAGUAUCAUCAUCAUAUAAGUCGGAGGGACAGUCCAGAUGUAACCCAACAGUCGGCAACGCGAAAUGAACGGUCCACCUCACUCCUCGACACCAUGAAACCACUCCCCUUUGCCCGCCGGCGACUCUCUUCCCACCCGCUUCAUCUCAGCGAAGCACCGAGAGAGAAGAAUGCCACUUUUCAUUAAUUAUUUAUUAUUAUUAUUAUUAUUAGAUAUUUAGAGUCGAUCCGGUGGAAAGGCCGGCAUACCGGUGAGAGGCGAUGGCGGGAGGCCGGCCUGGCCGUCCGGCGACGGGCAUCCGUGGGGUGUUCGGCUACCGGGUGUUCGUGUCGGCGAUGCUCACCCUCAUCUUCCUGGCUGCCCUCUCGGUGCUGCUCUCCACCAACCCCUCGUCCUCCGCCGCCACCUCCGCCGCCGGCGCCUCCUUCGUUGCCGGCGAUCCCUCCGCCGCCGGCGCCUCCUUCCGCCCCUACCUUAUCCGCACAUUCUUCUCCCUCAAGUCCGACCCCCUACGCACCCGCCUCGACCUCCUCCUCCGCCAGGCCGCUGACCACUCCGCCCUCGUCCACGCCUACGCCGCCUAUGCCCGCCGCCUCAAGCUCGACAACUCCCGCCAGCUCCGCGUCUUCGAGGACCUCGCCGCCUCCCUCUCAUCCCUCGCCGCCCGCCUCGAUUCCAACCUCCCCUCCGACGAGGACUCCCUCCGCCCCCUCGAGAAGGAGGCCAAGGACCGCAUCAAGCUCGCCCGCGCCCUCAUCUCCGAAUCCAAGGAGUCCUUCGACACGCAGCUCAAAAUCCAGAAGCUCCGCGACACGAUCUUCGCCAUCCACGAGCAGCUCCACCGCGCCAAGAAGCUCGGCGCCCUCACCAACCGCGUCGCCGCCGGAUCCACCCCCAAGAGCCUCCACUGCCUCGCCAUGCGCCUCAUGGAGGACCGCAUCGCCCACCCGGACUCCUACCGCCGACCCGGCCCCGAACCACCGGAGCUCGCUGACCCAGAUCUCUACCACUACGUCCUCAUCUCCAACAACGUGAUCGCCAUCUCCACCGUCGUCAACUCCGCCAUCCGGAACGCGGCCGAGCCCUGGAAGCACGUCUUCCACGUCGUGACCGACCCCAUGUACCUCGACGCGAUGCAGGUCUGGUUCACCCUUCGCCCGCCCGCCGGGGGCGCCCGGGUGGAGGUCAAGUCGGUGGCGGACUUCGGGUUCUUGAAUUCCUCCUACUCGCCGGUGAUGCAGCAGAUCGACGGCGGGCGGCGGGAUCUGGCGCUGCUGGACUACCUGAGGUUCUACUUGCCGGAGAUGUAUCCGAGGCUGCGGCGGGUGGUGUUCUUGGAGGACGAUUUGGUGGUGCAGAAGGAUCUGGCAGGGCUGUGGAGGGUGGAUUUGGACGGGAAGGUGAACGGGGCGGUGGAGAUGUGUUUUGGGAGCUUCAGGAGGUACGAUAGGUACAUGAACUUCUCCCAUCCGGUGGUCCAGGAGCGGUUCAGCCCAAGGGCUUGCGCAUGGGCCUACGGGGUGAAUGUCUUUGAUCUCGACGCAUGGCGGAGGGAUAGGUGCACUGAGCAAUUCCAUCAAUACCAGGAUCUGAAUGAAGAUGGAAUGCUCUGGAACCCAGAGACUGUGCUUCCAGCAGGAUUGAUGACGUUUUACACAACCACUAAACCAUUAGACAAGUCAUGGCAUGUGAUGGGACUUGGUUACAAUCCAAAUGUUAGUCCAGAUGAAAUCCACAAUGCUGCAGUCAUACACUUCAAUGGGAACAUGAAGCCAUGGCUUGAUGUUGCGUUGAACCAAUACAAGCAUCUAUGGACCAAGUAUGUGGAUACUGAAAUGCAAUUCCUCCAGCUCUGCAACUUUGGCCUCUAAUUUGGAACACGAGAGAACUCAGUCCACCUGAUAAGGUUACUUGCUAGCAAUCUCUUCCCAGAGCCAGAAGAGAGAUUGCCAGGCAAAAGUUCCUGGGAAUAAUUUUUCUAGUUUUAUUGCAACUUGUUGUGACAGAAGCCUUCUCCAAUAUCCCAUUUUGAUGCUAGUUCUUCCUUUUUCUUUUUAAAUGUUUUUUUAUGAUGUACUAGUUGAUGUUUCUUGUGUAGCUCAAAUAUACUGGAUGGUUUCUGGUAUACAAAGGUAUCGAGUGAGUUUACUUGGUAGUAAUUUUUGGGCAGCAUUGGACAUAUGCUGCGGCAAGUGAUGUUUGGGGAUCUAAUUUGUAGUUUAUAAAGUUCUACUAU